GCGUCCCGGCCCCGGAGGAGGGACCCGGAAGCAGAAGCGCAGCCGCGAGUGGAGGCGAGCCGCUGCCCGCGCUGCCCGGCGCCGGCUGGGGGUCCCGGCGGCUGGAUGGGCGGCGGCAGCGCGGGCCGCGGGCGGCGAUGGGCGAGGAGCAGAGCACGGUGAGCGGCGGCGGUGGGCCCUGGGAGGCGCGGGUCCCUGCCGGGGGCUCAGCGGGCCAGCCCGAGUCCCCCAGGCCGCGAGGGGACCGCGCCGGGGCUCCCGGGCCGCGCGCUGCCGCCGCCACCUCAUCCUCCUCGGAGGCGAGCAGCGGCGGCUGCGGAAGAGACCCGGACUGCGUGGACGCGAGCGCCCGGGAGCCUGCGAGCAAUCGGGCCACGGCGGGGCAGCCCGCGGGACUGCCACUCACCGGGCCCCUCGACCCCCAGAGUUUGGAACUGCAGCUGGAGCGCGAGGCGGAGGGAGCGGGGCCACGGGAGGCGACCCCGGGUCAGCAGCCCCCCGACGGGCUGCUCCUGGACGUGCUUGCCCAGCGACACCCGCCCCCCGCCAAGCCGCAAGUCUUCUGCUCCGUGUACUGCGUGGAGAGCGACCUGCCCGAGGCCCCCACCGCCGAGUCAUUGUCGCCGCCAGAGUCCCCACCUCGAGCACCGCCGGGGCCGAUUCCCGCCAGCCCGCCGCCCUCCUUCCCCAGUUCUCCGUUGUCGCUCCCGGCUGACCCCCUCUCCCCCGACGGCGGCAGCAUCGAGCUGGAGUUCUACCUGGCUCCGGAGCCCUUCUCCGUGCCUGGCCUAUUAGGAGCUCCACCCUACUCGGGCCUGGGCGGGGUAGGGGACCCCUACGCGCCCCUCAUGGUGCUGAUGUGCCGGGUGUGCCUGGAAGACAAGCCCAUCAAGCCCCUGCCCUGCUGCAAGAAGGCGGUGUGCGAGGAGUGCCUCAAAAUCUACCUGAGCGCCCAGGUACAGCUUGGCCAAGUAGAAAUCAAAUGCCCAAUCACGGAGUGUUUCGAAUUCUUGGAGGAAACUACUGUCGUCUACAACUUGACCCAUGAAGACUCCAUCAAGUAUAAGUACUUCUUGGAACUUGGCCGAAUUGACUCCAGCACCAAGCCAUGUCCUCAGUGCAAACACUUCACAACCUUUAAGAAAAAAGGACAUAUCCCCACACCUUCCAGAUCAGAAAGCAGAUAUAAAAUCCAGUGUCCCACUUGCCAAUUCAUCUGGUGUUUUAAGUGCCACGCUCCUUGGCAUGAAGGUGUUAACUGCAAGGAGUACAAAAAAGGAGACAAGUUAUUGCGUCACUGGGCCAGCGAAAUUGAGCACGGGCAGAGAAAUGCCCAGAAGUGUCCAAAGUGCAAGAUCCAUAUCCAGAGAACGGAAGGAUGUGACCAUAUGACUUGUUCACAGUGUAACACUAAUUUCUGUUAUCGAUGUGGAGAGAGAUACCGCCAGCUCCGGUUUUUUGGAGACCACACAUCAAACCUCAGUAUAUUUGGAUGCAAAUAUCGCUACCUCCCAGAGAGACCUCAUUUAAGAAGAUUAGUUCGAGGGUCAGUCUGUGCUGGAAAGCUCUUCAUUGCGCCUCUCAUCCUGGUUUUGGGAUUGGCACUAGGGGCCAUAGCAGUUGUAAUCGGUUUAUUUGUAUUUCCUAUAUAUUGCCUUUGUAAAAAACAGAGAAAGCGAUCACGGACAGGUAUGCACUGGUAAUCCGCAGAGGAUUUCACAUGACAUCAGCCGGUACCAGGGGGAGCUGUGCAGGAUGGUCCACCAUCUGUGAAUCAGAUCCUUGAAAACACCUAGAGGAAUUCUGCCAUCUCGUCUCCUGUGGUUCUCAGCAGGCCACAGUGCCUCUAGCUACGGUGCACUCCCAACAUGGUAUCCUGUCCUUUCUCUAAACAAAUUGCUGCUUUUUAAAAAAUGGUCACUUUUGUUAAUUAUAAACAUUUGUAUAGUAACUCUGACCUUUGUGGUUCUUGAAAGAAGAUAUUUUGAGAACAGGGUAUCCUCAGUUGUGUUUUGAGGGCACCUCACAGGAGUGUGAUUUGGACUGUCUGAACCCUGUGCUUCCCUCCAGGCUGUCUGUGAGACUUGGUUUGCAUAGCUUGAAGUCCUGUCUGUCUCAACAAACAAAGCCACUUUGCAGAAGAUAAAUCACCAAGUGCACCUGUUGUCAUCAGUGACCCAAGUGGUACCAUUCUUUCGUUCUUUGGAUACUGUAUUUGCUUAAAAAAAAAACCCCGGUACCCAGAAGGGACUUAAUGAAACUAAAUUAAUGAGAAGAACCAUGAGUUACUGGUGCGUAUGUGUAAGGAUGUGAAUGUGUGUAUAUAAACACGUAUUAAACCAGGCCCCAUAACCGUGUGCUUGUCCCUUUCCAUGUGUAUGUUCAGAGAAACAUUCAGCUAUGAUGGUUCCUUUUGUGGGCCUAACUUGGUAGUGUACUGAAUUAAAGCCAAUGUCAACAACAGGUUAUUUCCAUGGUAGCCCUGUCUGUUUCUUGCUCUUCCUAUGGUCACACACAGAGACUUGUGCGAUGUCACUCCAAGAUGUACCAAACUUUGUAAACUGACAACACUGAAUGGGUGGUUUUAGAAAGUCCCCAUGUUUCUGACACUUGAUCUCUUUUGGAUUCCUUGGAUUUGGGCAUACCUUAUCCUGUCAAUAAAGCCCUCCUGGGAUAACUUAAUUUAAAAAAAAUUUUUUUUUUUUUUGCUUUAAAGAAAACUGCUUAAAUUUUUAAGCCCCAUUCUGCUCAUUAUUCAAUUACCUCCUCAUAAUCCUAGGUAAUUCUGCUUAAGGUCUAAGUUUUUAAAAAAAAAUUACUUGAUGCUUUACUCCUUCCCUCUUUCCUCUUUUUAUUUGUCCCCAAUUUUUUUUUACUAAAAUAAAUCUUAGUUUUGAAGAAUUUUGCCUGUGUUUACCACUGAGAUGCAUAAAUUGUUGAUAUCUCCUUACAGAGAGAUAACUUGAAAACAGCUUUCUAUGUACAUAGUUUCAUCUAAAAUACAUACUGCUUUUGGAGAAGGAAACAAAUGAAGAAAGUAUUUUCAAGAAGAUGAGGAAUCUUUGAGAAUAAGAAAAUGGAGUUUGAUUAAAGAGGUCUAUUUCCUUGCUUUCAUCAGAACAUUGAUCAAAAUGAAGGAGAGGUAUUAAAAAGCCUGGGGUCUCCAGGCACUUAAAUCCUCCGAGUUAGAAUUUCACCAUACAUUAUUCUACUUACCGUAAAUGUAACGACGUUUGACUUGAAGUAGACUAUAUAAUAACACACACGUUUGCGUAGCUAUUUCAUGGUGUUGGAUGCUAGAGUGUAAGAACUUUGUAUCCUUGUGUUUGACUGAAACACUCAUGUCCGUGAAGGAUGGUCCACGUAUCAGCUAGCAUGCUUGUAUUCCCUCUGAGCCAUAGACAGGAGCUGGACGGCGUCCUGCUAAGUGGUGAGUCUCUGGCAAGAAGAGUGUGCAGUGCUUGUGGCUCUGGAAUAGCCACUACACUAUGGUGUGAGGUAAGGAACGUGACUUGGUUUUGCAGGUUUCAUCUUCCGUGCCUUCAGCCGUCCAUCUGGCAAUUGUUCACUCUCUGCUUUUGGUUUGCAAAAAGAAUGAGAGCUUCUAGCCCAAAUACAUGUUUCUAACCCCAAAAGCGCUUAAUUUUUAGAAAUUCAUCUUUCCUGGACUUGGGCAUCAGUUUGACCAUGUGUGAGUAGGAUGAAGCUGUCUGUGUAUGAUCUAUGUAUAUCUGUAUGUCAUAUGUAAACAUGUCAUGUUCAUACACACCACCUGGGUGAACAGAGACAUUCGGGUCUAAGAUUGUCUAUAUUCUUGAGUUAUUGUGCCUGUUGUCUUUGGCCUACUCAGGGAUUUUUAUUCUAUUCUUUAAAUAAUUUAUCUUUUACAGGUAUUUUUAUCUGAUUUGAAAACAAUUCCAAUAUGUAAGUUACAAAGUGGUAUUUGUUAUGAGGAAAGAUUGCUUCAUCAGAGGUUAGGCGAUUGCACAUUGUACUGCACGGGCAUCUCGUUUGUAAGUGCUUAGAUUUAGAGAAGAAAUGUAUGAGUUUUUCUCUUUUUAAAGACAACACACACACAAGUAUAUGUGUCCUUUCCAUGGUAGUAACUUAAAAGUAUUUGUGACUAUUUUAGUAAGUCUUGAAAUCUUUAAAAGAGUUAAAAGAUAAAAAAAAAAAAAGUAUUUAUAUAUCAGUGCCAACGUUGAAUGUAGAGCAGUGGUGACCCUCAUGGUGAAUUCUAAAAACUCCUUUACAAAGUGAAGUGUAUGUGUUGUGUCUUUUACCCAUGGCUUGUCCUUUUAUGUCACCAUUGUAAAUGUAUGUCUGUUCCUGAAGAAAAUCAAACCAUAUAGAAUUGUAAAGUUCACGUUCCUCUGCUUAUCUACCCCUUGUUUUUCUAGGGGCGCCUACUAUCAGUGAUCUGGUACCUGUCCUUCCACAUGCUUCCUUCAAGUGUACAAAUACGUGUGUGUGUAUGUGUGCAUGUAUCCCACUCUUGUGUGUUAGUUUUCUACAAAAAGAAUAAUAUCCUUUGCUGUGACUCUUUUUCAAGUUUUUAAAUAUUAGAAAAAUACCUUGCCAUAAGUGUUUACAUCCAUUUGAAAAUGACUGUCUAAUCUACGGAAGAGCUACAUUUUAAUUGACUUGGUCUUCUGUUGAAUGGGAAACAAGAUAGUUUUCAUUUAUUACAGACGAAGCAUUUUAUGCAUCCGUAUAUUUGUCACCUACUAUGACCGUUUCCAUCAGAUUUUGAAUUUUAUUUUUACGAAAUAUUUUUAAUAAAGAUUUUUAAUGCAUAGUCAGGCAACAAGACAUAGAAAUGAUAUAUUUGAGGCCAUUUGAAAUAACAGUGUAGAGAGUACCUAAUUUUAAAGCAGAUCAUCUUUUGAAAGAUGAUUUUUAUAGAUUAGCCAAAUACCUUGCCAAAAUUUAAAAGAGGAAAAUUAAUCUGUUUCAAAUGAAGCUCAGAUGUGAUCAGCCGUUGCUGGCAGUGUGGAAGAUGAGUCAGUUCUUGAAUUGCUUACUUUUAACUUAGUCCUCAAGCCAAAUAGAUAGUGUAUGUCCAUUUUCUAAAACACUCAUAUGUUUGUGUCAUUUAUGAAAGGUGGGAGGGAAAGGAAAGAAGUCAAACCUGUGACACAAGCAACAUCCUCUUCCCACAUUUAUGGCCCAGCGGUUAACCACUUACUGUCACCUACAAAAACAGACAGGAAAACAAUCAAAAAUAGUUAAACAGCAGACAUGUUACAAUGUGAUAUCUUGCUGGGCGGUGGUGGCGCACGCCUUUAAUCCCAGCACUCGGGAGUCAGAGGCAGGCGGAUCUCUGUGAGUUCGAGGCCAACCUGGUUUACAAGAGCCAGUUCCAGGACAGGAACCAAAUGCUACGGAGAAACCCUGUCUCGAAAAAUCCAAAAAAAAAAAAAAAAAAAAAAAACCACAAACAAACAAUGUGAUAUCUUUUUCUGCUGUGGGAUCAAGAUUCAGUGGCACCUCUUGGGAAAUGCCUAACUCUGGCACCGUCGCUUGAGUCCCAAGAUCCUGUUUGAGGUGUCUUUUAAUUUCACUGCCCAGACAUGUGGCCCAGUGUUCCUGCAGAAUAUUCUGCUCUGCUGCAAUUACUGCCUGUCCUUGUUCGUUCUGACCACAUUUUUGUUCACACCUCUACUAAUUUUGCCCUCAGAGAAGAGUAGAAGGAGGUAGGGGGAGGGGAAAGCUCACCCUGGUGUGUGGAGCCUCAGUGUUUCUUUCUGGCUUUUCUCAGAUUUCAAAGCAUCUGCCACAUCUCCCCUACCAAACACAUGAGACUGUUUUAACAUCAGAUUUUUAUGAUUCCGGAUGCCAUGAUUAUAAAAAAAAAAAAAAAAGUCAGUUGCCCAAAUAACAUAAGAUGGCAUACAAGGACAAAACUAAGAAGAUCCAUGGCAUGAGCCACUUUAGAUGUUAGUUUUAUAAACAAGUUGCACACAAAGCCUUAAUGUGAGUUCUUCCAUGUUAGCAGUUGAAGUCUGUCUCAACUCUUGUUUUGUUUUGUCUGCUAUAAUUGUUAGCCUUAAAAUCGAUGGACUUUCCAGUGAGUACCAUUUAAAUAAUUAAGUGAUAAAACAAAAGUGACUUGUGUUUUUCAGUGGCGAGAAUAAAAUCAUGUCAGAAAAUAUGUUUGAAUUCUUUAACUUUGUGAGACAUCGGAAGCUUAGAAUUUUAUGUAAAGCGUUCGUAAAUAUAUAGAACUAUUCCUAAUAUUUUGGUCAUCCUGGAAGUUAUUUGCAGCAAUUUUGCUACAUGUAAAACUCAUAGCAAAUAAUUACACUACAUAAUAAUAUUACUUGAAUUUAAAAUAUUAAUUCUUACUAAAAGUUUUAGUUGUAUUUCCAUAGUUUGUGAAUUCUAUAAAAGAAAAUUUUUGUGACUAGAAAUAGUAAUAAAUAAAAAUAGCUGGAGCACAUUUUGUUUUUCAGAUUAUAAAUUAUGUACGUUUCUACAAUUGUAGACAGUAACAUCCAGGAUCACAUAUUAAAGUGUGUCUCUCUAAUGAUCAUAUCAGUUAAACUGAGAUACCUGUAUAGAAACAGUAUUAUCUAAAUAAAACAAGAAUUCCAAACUUGAAAGGGUAUUUAAGACUGUGAAUGUAAGUCAGUGGAACUAGCGCCACUGUAACUUCCUUUGAGUGUACAGUUAAGACACAUUUCAAAGCCAAGUGCCGUAUGGGACCUCUGUGCAUCUAUCACUCGGAGUCUGCAGCUUUCGUUGAUGUUAUCCAGACCCAAUGAGCAGAGGCACUCUUGUAAUUGUCUAUUUAGAGAUUAACUGAAGCCUUGAUAUGUCACAUCUCUUCUGCGUCUUUAUACAUAUUGCCGGUUGUGCAAGCAUGUAAUCAUGCAUAUUAGAAAAUAUAUAUUUUCUUUUAAAUAAAGAAGUAACUGUUUUGGAAAUAAUAACUUAAAGUGUAAAAAAAUUGUUUUGAAAAAUACAUGAAAUAUUACUAAUGCCCUUUUGAGGAUCAAUAUUUUGUGUCUCUUAAAGACAUUUCAUUCAUUUAUUAGAUUACGUAGACUCAUUAACAGAGAAAAUAUUUUUGUUUUUCAGUUUUGAGUCAUGAUAUCGCUCUGUUCUUCUUGUUUGUACAGCAAUACUUACAUAUCAAUAACAUGCACAUAUUUUUUUUCCUUAGUUUCCCAGAUUAUCUUGCUUUUUACUUCAACAGUCCCCUUCCCUUCUCAUUUUGCCCAAGUGAAGGAUUUUUCUUAACCAUUAGCUUCUUUUACUGUAAUGCAAUGAAAUUCUCUCCUGAACAGUCUUUGUGACCAAACUCUAGUAUUAAGUGCCAUUUAUCCUUACUGUUUAUUAGCUAAAAUGGAUCCAGAGUGCCUGGGACAUUUUUCCCUGAUUCUUGACAGGAGGCAAGGAACUCUUCCUAGCUCUCUGCCAAGUAAGUGAAACAAAUGAAAUGCCAAUUGGACCAGAAGGUUAAUAAAACUCCAGAAUCAAACUUCAGAAAUUCAUGGUUAUCAAUGGACAAAAAGCAUGUAGACAUUCAUACCACCUGACUCCAGUCCUUCAUCCUUCAUUCAAAAUAAGUUAUAGCUUUGAUUAUUGAUCUUUAAAUAAAAGCAUUCUUUAGCUUCAACUUUGGGGUAGAUUGAAGUAUAGUAGCAAUUGUAUGUAAGAUGCAACUAUCAAUUCCUGUUCUGUCAUUAUUAUUGGGCAUUUUGAUUAUCUAAAACAAUCACUUUGUUUAUAACCUGGAUUUGCUUGUUAUUUGAAAACAGUCAAAUAUUUUAAUCAGUUGGAUUUACAAAUAAGCUACAUUCAAAAGGUAUUUAAUAUAGUUUUGCUAUAUAACAAAAUGUUCAGAGAGUAACACUUGUGUAUUAAAUUGUUCCCGGAACUGCAGAAAUACUGUCAUUUCAAAUUGUCCUCAUAGCUGGCAGGCUGUACUGUAGUCAUUGCUUCCGUUCAAAGUCAAGGAUUCACCUCAUGGCCAAGUAGGGAAGGCCAAGUCUUAAAAUUCUAGUUAAAUUCUUUAAAAUGCCAGUUUUACAUUAGCAUCACUUCCUUUGUAUAUUGUUUCGAAUAAAUAGUGUCUAAAUAUCUGAUACACAUAUCUAGCUUUUAUCUUAUAGAAAGUCAACAUGCUUUAUGUUUCUUUACAUAGAAUUCUAGAUAUAAUUACUUUUAUCAGUUGACUACAAAUCAUUUCUCUUAUGCUCAUUUUUUUAAAGUUGAAAUGGUAGCUCCUCGAUAGCCAAUAUUUAUUAUUAAUCACUUUUAUCACAAUUAAAUUCCUGUAGAUUGUGUUUUGAAAACUAUUUCCAUAUGAAUUUCAGAAUAGUAAUCGGUUUGUGUACACAUGCAUAUUUAGACACGAUUUGCCAAGACAAAAACAAUCUUUUACAGAUUUUUAUGAAAAUUACAAGGUACCAAGCAAGAUAGGGCAUUUGGCAGGUGUCCCAGCCAGAACCCUUAGAUCUGGAGUCAGCUGGAUUUGCUUCCAGCUCCUUCUCAAUCGACAGUGAUGUCUUUGAAAGGUCCAGGUCUACUGUAGUUUUGUUUCAUUUUGUUUCCUUCUCCAUUUACCCUUUGAAAAUCGGUUCCGUGGUGAAAAGCAGAAGGCAUAUUGAGUGUGUCUGACAUGCACCAGGCAGCCUGCCGCGUGUGUCUGCUCUGUCGUCCUAUGUCCCUCUCCAGCCUUGGCCUCCCUUGACACAAUACAGUUAGGGACUUUAAUUUAAACCCUUGUUUGUGCAACCGCUGUCCUCACAGAUAAACGUCUGCCACCUUCUAAUAAAGUCACUUUUAAUCCCUAGGGCAGAAAAGUAUUUGGCAAUUUUCUUUUGAAAAAAAAUUGUUAAUAUACAAAUAAGUAGUACAUUUUUGAGUCUUACAAAAAUCCAGCCAAACAGCAGCAUGGCUGGGCAUAGUGGUACAUGCCUUUAAUCUCAGCACUUGGGAAGCAAAAGUAGGCAGAUCUCUGUGAAUUCCAGGCUAGCCUAGUCUACAGAGUGAGUUCCAAGACAACCAGAGCUACAUUUUGAGAUCUUGUUUCAAAACAAAACAAAACCAAUGGAAUAAAAAUGCCCUUACAUUAAUCCACCAUUUGUUAAAAAACCAUGAGUGAGUAAUAGUUGUUUGGCUUCUCUUUUAAGCACAAUUAGUAAGAUGUUUUCAUGCAGCAAAUAUACCAUUUUCUUGUCUGGGAAACCUGAAGGACAAUUACAUUAUCCACGUCUUCUUUUUUUUUCUUUUUUUCAGUGUUAAAGUGCUAAAAAGAAUAGUUGGGGUUUGAAUCCGUGACUAUUGCAUAUUCAGAAAUUAGUGUUCUGAUGAAUAUACCAUCUUCUGUUUAAAUAUGAGACUAUUAUCCUAUUUUAAUUCUGCUCUCAAUAGCAAUAGCAGUUGAUGAUUCAUUUCCUCAUCUAAGGUGAGUAGUUUGCACCACUGAUUUGUUCCAGGUCUUGUCACUUUCCUGCCCCUUUCCAAAUAAUAUGCCAUAAUGUUUUUCAUGUUGAAAAUGAACCUUGUUAAAUAUUUUAUUUUUAAAAGUUUUUAACUGUUUCUGCAUUUCAGUCCUUUCGCUGCUAACUUUGAUCUUCAUAAAGAACAUGGAAGAAGCCAUUUCAAAUACAUUUUAAGAAAAUGGGCAGGUAGAAAUAGCAAAAUAGAUGUCAUUGAUACUUUUAGUUCACCCCUGAAAAGCAAUUGGAAAAGAAAAAUAAAUUCUACCAAAAUUAAAAGGUUGAAAAAGAAAGGUAUCAAAAAGAAUCGACUUCCAGCUGAGUUUUUUAUACUGUUGGGUCCAUGGCUUGUGCACUGUCUGCUCUCACCACUAUGGUGUUACUACACUGAUUAUUGAAAGAAUUAGUGAAGAAAGCCAGGGCAAUCAGCUUUGUUUCCACUCUCCAGUAGCACUAAUUAUUGUCCUGUCCCAACCCUUCCAUAUGGUGCUUGUGUGAUGAUGUAACAUUUGUGUAUGUUACUAGUGCCUUAUUUUUUCACAUGACUUUAUUUCUUAUCAAAAGAGCCAUAAAUUAAUUUUCUGUUAGUGUUCUUUGAUCCCUCUAUUUAAAGCAUGCUAAUCAUUUGUCUUUAUGGAUGUAUCUAGUCUGCAUUUGCUACUGACUCUACUAUACUGUCUCUCGUAUAAUAAAUUAGCUGUAUUUUUCUCAAGUAUGUUGCUUGUUUUUAAGCUAAAGCAAGAAAAUAAAUAUUAAAUGCCAGAUAUUGAGGCUAACAGAAUUAAUUUUCAUUUUUAAACCACAAAAAAAGAAGGUUGAAUAAAUUGAGAACUGUGACGAGCUUAUCGGCGAAUUCAGCUAGGGUAAAACUGCAAAACUUUACAAAGAGCAUUAAAAAUAAACAUAACUGUGAUACUUCAGAAAUGUGACCAUUUCUCUACAACUUGUCUUUGACAAUAUUUUAUUAUUAAUUUUCUUAUAGAUACCAAAAAAAGAUCAGUAGUUGUCAAAUUUACACAUUAUUCAUUCACAGUAGGCUGUAGCAACUUCAAGUCAUUCUGUAUAUUAUUUGCUCUUCAAGGUCUGUGCCUUUUAUUUUGUGCUAUUCAAAAUAAUGGUUUUGCUGAUAUCUGUAUAUAUGCAUUAUAUCACAUACAUAUAUGCCACAUAUAUUUCGAGUUUUCAUGAUGAAUGUAUGACAAAUGGUUAAAAUAAACCAGGUGUGAAGACAAGACAAAGAUAUGGAUUGUAUAUGGAAAUGUAUAAAUAUUUGACAGAAGAAAAAGGAUCUUCUUGCCAACAAAUAGGCCCUGCUGGAAGGGCCUGGAAAUGAACAGAUUUUCUUUUAAACAAUGGAAUUUUAAAAAUCCAUUACCUCAAGAAAUUUUAGUAGAUAUGUAUUAUAUCCACUAAAGGAUAAAUAGUAUAUUCCUUCUGAAUAAAUACUAUCUCACUUGUGACUGAUAAAAACAAGUAUCAGAUCACACAAAUUAUAGGAACAAGGCCUUGAAAAGAUGAACAGAUCUUACAGAGUCUAGUUGUAGGCUCCCAGUAAUGGCCCUAUAUCCUUUUGUUGUAGUUUGUUUUAAAUGAUCAUUAUUUUGGGUUGGUUGUUUUAAAUUGGAAGGUAAUAAUUAUGAUAUUAGAUCUCAUGGAAGUCAAAUGGUUGCAGUUGUUACUGUGUGUACAGUGUAGAUUUCUGUGGAGUGCUAUUUACUACAUGAUAUGUGUGG